CAUAAACCCACCGUUGUCAUUCCAGCAGCUCAGAAUGUGCCGAGUUUCUCCUCCAAAGCAAGCAGCUGUGGUUCUGUCGCGACCUUCUCUCUGCCGGCUGGAAUCACGUAUCCGGUGCAGAUCCCCGCGGGCGUCACGCUGCAGACAGCCUCAGGGCAUUUCUAUAAGGUGAAUGUUCCUGUGAUGGUGACGCGAGGAUCUCAGCAUGUGCUGAACCCCGCGGCUGUGGCCCGCAGCAGCGCUCUGACCCAUCUGUCUGAUCCGGCUCCAGCAGCCUCAGUGUGUGAGACGCCUUUGAACCGCCAGAGCGCUGACGGAGCCUCGCUGGCCGCCUCUGACGCUCAGAGCGAGUUCACACUGGACGGCAUUGAGUUCAGCCCGCAGCCCGCCGACAUGAGCACUCCGCCGGCUCAGGCCCUGCGCUCCGAUUACAGCCGGCAGCAGAGAGAGCAGUCCACUGCCCUUCCAGACCUGCAGACUGAAGCUGCUCCUGACAUCAAGCUUGAGACGGAGCUGCAGACCGAGCUCAAAUUCAAGCAGCUGCUGGACAUCACACAGCUGGACGGAGUCGCUGACAGCAGCUCGGACACGGAGGAAGAUGGUGAUGAUGAUGAUGACCUGGGGCUCGUUGGAGAGAAGGAGUUUCUGGGAAUGAUCAAUGCCACUGAGGAGGAGGAGGAGGAGCUGGAAGAGGAAGAGGAUCCGCUGAACUCUGGAGAUGACGUGAGCGAACAGGACAUCCCAGAGAUCUUUGACACGGAGAACGUCAUUGUGUGCCAGUAUGACAAGAUUCACCGUAGCAAAAACCGCUGGAAGUUUUACUUGAAAGAUGGAGUCAUGAGUUAUGGAGGGAAAGACUAUGUUUUCUCUAAGGCUGUGGGGGAGGCAGAGUGGUGAAGGGGAAAUAACAAUGACACAAUUACUGCUUUACAAGUAUUUAUGUUAUCUAAUCUUGCAUAUUAUAAUUUACAUCAUCUUAUGAUUGCAUUUUUUUCCUUAUGAGAUUGUGACUGUAUUCUGAUACAGAAGAUAAUGUUGGUGCUUUUUGAGUUAAAGA